AUGGCGGGAAAGAAAAAGUCUAAAUCUGAUUCUUUACCAUUAGAUUUAGACAAUAUUAAACCAUUGGAUCAUUUACAACCAGUUCCUAAAACAAGAUCAUCAUCAAUUACAUCAAUUGAAAGUGUUGAUGAACCAGGUACUAUGAAACAAGUAUUAUUACCACCAACAAUUCGAGAAUUUGAUGAAUUGGACCAAUUUGAAUCAUUUGUUCGUGAUGAAACUUGGGAUAAUGAUUUUGAUUAUUUCCAUGGUAAAUUACAUUAUUAUCCACCAUUUGUUAUGAAGAGUUGUCAAAAUAAUCUUGAAAAAAUUAAACCUACUAUGAAUAAAAAUUCUAAAAAAUUUAGACGUGAUUUACAUCAUCAUAUUCAAAAACAUUUAAUUAAAGAUUUAGAAAAAUGUUGUGGUUAUGAAUUGAAUUUUGGUAAAGGAGAAAUUGUUGAAACUGAUAAUAAAGUGACUUGGAAAUUUAAAGAUGAAACUGAUCAUGGAUUUAGUAAAGAAGAAGAAGAUUUAUAUGAUAGACAUUGGAGAUUGGAAUUGGAUGUCUCAUGUACUAAUGAAUCAGCUAUGGUUGAUGUUGAAUAUAAAUCCAUUCCAAUGUAA